AGAGAACUCUGAUGUCCGAGCCAACACAAAAUGGCCACCCAAGUUACAAGAUGACGUAGCUCGUUUCAAUACCCCAAUGACAACUUGCAGUUCCCCCUUGCCAAGUGAAACAUGCCGAUAUUUUAUCGAUUCCGCGAAGCGCAAGCUGCCAAACUCGGCCUCGGCAUGCGGGCAGACCGACGGCCCAAGAUGGCGAGCGCGUGCAACAGCUUAUUAUUGUACGAGUGCACGAACGAUGGCCACGCGCGGAAGAAUUUUGAGAGAGAGAUAAGCGAACUGUACGGCCGGAUUAACCGAUUACGAAGUGUGGAAUCUGAACGACGAAACAAGCUGUUAAGUGAGAAGAGGCAUCGAAAAAAUCAAGUUAUUGCGUGCGAACGGGAGGAACGUUGCGAUGGGAAGAAGGUACUGGGGACGAAAGGAUACAAGCCUUUUUCUCACCGGAUACUGUGAACCAGGGACCGGCAUACCAUGGCGACUUAAAGCAUUGAUGGCUUACUGGUAUAUGAGCAAAUGGUCGAGGAGGCGGAAUAGAAAGAAAGGUGCGAACGCGUACGAGAUACUUUGGGUCUCCCACUGGGCAAGUCAAUACUGCAAUUUUGAAGUGUCGCGUGGCGUAUCUGUAUCAGCGGGGUCAUCAUCCUCGGGCCAGUCGACGCAAAACCAGCCACCAACACCCUCGCCAACCCACCCAGACCAUUCGCCCUAACAAGAAAAAUGGAGUACGUCCGACAUUGCAGACACAGAUGCGGGUCUAAAUGCUCGUGACCCAGAUACGAAGGAUACGGAAGGAACGCAAGCCAAGAGAUCCAAAACGGUCCCUUCGACGGCUUCCAUUGAUUCUGAUC